GGGUACCGACAUGCAAAUAAGAUAAAAAUGGCUUGCACCUUUUUGAAAAACACAGCGACAACCAACAAAACUAUUUUGUACAUUUGUUUCCGGGUAACCUUUUAAAUAACAAUGCUGUGUAAAACUAUUUUUAUGCUUACUACAAUUUGUUUUUAUUCGGAAGCUGGCUGAUGAUUUUAUUAAUUUUUUUUUUUUGUACCAGAUACUAUCCGAUGUACAUAGUUCAAAUGUGUCUUAUGUGUCCUAACUUCACUUUGACAGUUUUGUGACUAUGUUUUUCAUAGUUAGGAUUUUCUUUACUUUAUUUAUUAAUAAACUUAGGGAGAUUCUACAGGCAAAUCAUUUUGUUUUAUUUGAUAGAAAGAACGCGCAAUUGUCCGACCCCGCUGGUGUGCUCAACAGAGUGUGAACGAGGACACUAGCGGUGUCGUGACAAGGAGUAAUAGAAUGGUAAUCACAACCAGCAACCUUGGAUGGGACUAAACAUUCUGUUAGAGCUGGUAUUUGUCCUGAAUUUUGGCGCUGUUACACCAGAUCUUCGCCAAUGGCAUACAAACUGCUUCCGACAGUCUUGCUGGUCCUGUGCGCCGCAACCCUGCUGACGAUGCUGUAUGUCAGCCAGUCACGUGACGCUGUCGUUCUAGUUCAUCCAGGCCCAGUCGAUGUCCAUAAUGAACUACACAACACUAAUCCGUGUCUGGCAUUGGGUACUCACUCUUGGAGUGAUAGUGUACCAUACGGGUGGCCAGGGCUGCUGAUAAACCCUUCAAACGCCUCUGACGUGUUAAGAGGGAGCACCACAGACAUCGUCAACAGGAUCUACAACAACAUGUGUCCUGGUCACCAGACCCUGCCUAACGUACAAUUCACUUUCCCAGACAUACUGCUGAUUGUCGACUUUAACCAUCCUGCACACUACAAUAUUAUUUCCUACCUUGAACUACUGUACAGGAGAUAUUUUCCGAAUAUUCUCUAUUGCGGUCUCCAACCUGAAACUCUAAAGAAACAGAUUGUGGCUGAGAAACUGGGGUUCCCUAUCUACUAUUUGCACGCUCUGAAAGACAACUGGCAAACAAAGUACGAGUGUAUUCAGCAUGCCAUGAAAAUGUGCGACAACUUCACCGGCUACCUGCUGAUCGGCGACGACACUCUCAUCAACAUGACGAACUUUGAAAGAACUCCGAAAUAUAAAGCGAUGGUGGGUGAUGAGUUUGUCAGAACCGGAGAACACAUGAACACCACUCAGUUCAAGUAUUCAUGGGAGUGGUGGGGUGCUGAAGGCGGGAGAAGUGCCAUGCUGGGUGUGCUUAACGAGCUCUCGUUUAGAGCGAACCGUGACAAUGACCACCUUGCACAAGAAUUCCUUAGAAAUUAUUAUUCCUUUGUCAACGACAGCACUAUCUUUCACAUGAUGGCGAUCGACUUCCUGUACGUCCCCAAACGGCUGUCGUCCAUUUUCCUCUACAUGACGUCAUUGUUUUUGAAAUACAAGACCAACGUGGAAGUGGCGAUUCCGUUUUUUGUGUGUGGCCUGCAACACCCAGGGGACGUGCACUUUGUUAGAAUGAUCAGUCUGUGGGCGAACGACAGAGAUAAUUCGCAGAAACGUUUUGAGAAUGACCUCGUGUACCUGCACCCUUUUAAGUACCAUGCACAUUUUAAGAACGCACCUCAAGGGAAGGACUUUAUGUGUCAGAACUAUUUACGAAGUAAGUAACUACACUGUAUUGGCAUGCAUGAACAUUUCUUGGUUAACAUCUGUGAAAUAACUAGUACUCAACGGCUAAGACUGUUACCUCCCUUUAUCUUGCAUUUGACAAAGGGACAUCUCUGAUGAACCUAGCUUUCACCAUCGAGCUGGAAUGAAUGAGUUUGAUACAGUGGAGGGAGGUAGGGGUACUUGUCGAGCCAAAUGGAAGCAAUCACGAAUGACUACAAUGGUUGCCAUAAACUCCUUGCCUCCAUUUGAAUACUUAUUGCCCUUCAGAAGCACUAUAUCUCGGUCUAUAAAGAUCCAUUCCACGGGCCUACGCUAUGGGCAGAUUCUGGUAUGUAGAGAUAAUAUAAAGAUAUUAAUACAGUUUAUGUUUUUGCCUUUACUUACCUACUGUCACAAAGUCAUCAAGUGUGAAAAUUUAUCUUUGAGACUGAGUUUGCAGGUUUAUAUGGACAUAGUUGUUCAUAUGGUUCAAAAAAAAAAAAGAAGAAAUUUUCGCCCACAUAAAUUAGUCCAAAUAUCCGAUCAGAACUUACGCGUAUCACUUUUAUCGGUGAAUAGUUUUCGAGAUUUUUGACAUUUUGGAAACAAUAACUCGAAACCGAUGAACUGUCGUUUUAAUUGUUUUCAUCAUUAAUCAUCACCAUCAUCGUCAUAAGUUGGGGUAUUUUAUUAUGAUAUUUAUAUUCUAUUAUUAUUAUUAUUAACUACAUAAGCACCUGUUAACAUGUGUCUGCUGAACUUCAAAAAUGGCGGUAACCGGGGAAUGACUCUGGUAUCGGUGUUCUUUCUCGUUGGAGCUCAAAACUUGAGGAAAGAGGACUUUCUACACAAAUGACUGUAACUAAAAACUUUUAUCGUAAAGGACGAAAUACUGUUUUAGUGUGUCUUAGUGCAAGUCUGUGUAAUAGAUUAAUCAUUGUAUUUGUGGAAUAGUUUGCUAAUGUUAUAUUUAUUGUUUAGAUGAAGAGUAAAGUAACUGCACAACUGUAUGCGACAAAGUAAACUGCUUAGUUUUAUGCUCUCAAUGCUAAGAAGGAUAUUUGCAUCUUAAGGUACACAUUAAAUGCAUGAAUGUGGAGGUCAGGUGUUCAAGCAAACAUCAACACACUAGCAACUGCAUAAUAAUAAAACAUAUGUAGUAUUUUAUUACACUUAAAUUUAAAGAUGAGUUGCUAGUUAAGCAGAGGACAUUCUAAAUUACUAUAAAAAAAACCACACACACACACACACACACACCAUCACCACUUUACCUUGAAAAACACAUUUUUUAUUUUGGUAAUUUCAUUCACAUUGCUUAUGAGUGAAUUAUGUCAAUACAGCUUUGUCAUCAGUUAGAUGUUUUAGUUACCGUUAAUACUUGUUGAUCUGAAUUAUUAAGCGCUGCUUUGUGGAAUGUAGAUGAGUUCUUUCUAAAGUGGAAUUAAAUAUAUAAAAUUUGUAUCUAA